AUGUUACGGGAGAUGUGAGAGGCGGUCCGUAAACAGUGAGCGAAUAUGGCGUCUAGCAAGAAGGGGAGUGGGAACAACAGAUUGGAAAAAGGUGUGAAUGGAAGACGCUCGUCUAAGCACAAAGAAGGUCCAGUGGUGAUGGAUACCAAGGCAGUGUUUGCAGCCCUGUACAGCGUGUGUGAAGAAAAUGCAGCUUUCUUCUCAGGAGGAGCCAAGGGGUCGCAGGGUGAUGCGGCACGGCGGCUGGUGGAGGCCAUGAAGCAGAUUCAGGAGCACGCUCGCAGUCUGGAACCUGUUAUUUCUGGCUUUGCUAAUGUUUACCAUCACUUUGACUUUGACCCACAUAUACCUGCUAAUGGCUAUCGCUCCCUGGUCAAGGUUGUGCGUUGCUGCCUUCUCCACAUCAUCCACAAGGGCCGCUACAUCACAGCCAACCGCCGCAGCAUCUUCUUCCGAGCAACGCACAAUGCCGGGGAAAUGGAGGCGUACUGCAGUGCUCUGUGCCAGCUGCGUGCCCUGCUGUACCUGGCUCAGCGGAUGCUGCAUGACAACAGCCACGGCGAUCUGUUUUUCCAGGAUGAAAGCGGCCUCAGCGAGAGUUUUGUCCGUGAAUACGCAUCCAUGCAUAAGGGUUGCUUCUAUGGCCGUUGCCUGGGCUUUCAGUUCACUCCAGCCAUUCGCCCCUUUCUUCAGACCAUCGCCAUCGGCCUUGUGGCCUUUGGAGAAAACUACAAGCGGCAUCAGUCAGGAAUAGUGGAAGCAGGAGGUAUUGCACCAUAUGGUGUAGCAGCCAGCUCUUUCUUUACCUCAGGAAAGUAUGCCAUUGACCCUGAGUUGAGAGGGACAGAAUUUGACCGCAUCACCCAGAACCUGGAUGUUCAUUUCUGGAAGACAUUCUGGAACAUCACUGAGACUGAGGUCCUGUCGGGGCUCGCCAGUAUGACAUCCACUCAAGUUAAGGUAAACCGAGCCCUUUCUGUGCCUCCUGUGUCCUUUGACCUUCCCUCGGUGGCCAACCACAGAGCAUCAGUAACUAUAGCUCCACCAUCAGCACACAUCGGCAUUGCUCCUGUUCAGAUGAGACUAAUUUCUUAUGACCUGCGUGAAGGACAGGAUAGUGAAACGCUGCUGUCUCUCUCCCGCUCUGAGGGGGGUGCUAUCUCUCUUUCCCUCGGGCUCAAGACCAAACGCCUCCCCUCUUCUCCAUUCCUCCUGAUCCACUUCCAUGGCGGAGGCUUUGUGGCACAGACCUCCAAGUCUCAUGAGCCCUAUCUGAAGAGUUGGUCCCAGGACCUUGGUGUCCCCAUCUUGUCAGUGGACUACUCUCUGGCCCCUGAGGCCCCCUUCCCGCGGGCCCUAGAGGAGUGUUUCUAUGCCUACUGCUGGGCUCUGAGGAACCACCACCUAUUAGGAUGGACUGGAGAGAAGGUGUGUCUGGCUGGUGACAGUGCAGGAGGCAACUUAUGUGUGACAACAUCGAUGCGUGCCGCUGCCUUUGGUGUGCGAAUGCCAGAUGGCAUCGUGGCAGCCUAUCCUGCUACCCUGCUGACGGCCUACGCAUCGCCUUCCCGUCUGCUAACGCUCAUGGAUCCCCUGCUGCCUCUCAGUGUGCUCUCUAGGUGUCUCAGUGCCUACGCAGGCAGUGAGCCACAGACUGAGAAGCAGGUAGAGAAGGUGAGCACGCUGAGCCUGGUGAGGAGAGACACAGCACUUCUGCUGCGAGAUUUCCGACAGGGAGCCUCCAACUGGAUCCACUCUCUGCUGGAUUCUAGCAGAGCCUCAGCCUCCACCAGCACAGCUGCAGAGGCACCGCCAGAAGCCACAGAUGCAGUGAGGAAGAGUGUUUCAGCGGCGUCCAUCUCUUCUCCUCACACAGACCCUCCAGUCCACACGGAUCUCUCCGACUUCUCCAACCGGAAAUUAUCAGUGAAGAGCCAUACAUGCCAGGACUUGGGAUCCCACAACAAUCGCAUUCCCAGCAGUGCACCGCUGCUCUCUGAGCGUGCUCCAGAAGAUGUCAGUUUCUUCCUCUCCAAGGAUGAAGAUCCCACAAUGACCACUGACCUGUCUUCAGUGGCUAUACCACCUCCUGCUGGAGAGGAGGGCUCUCAGCAGGAGCACCCCAGGGAAUUUCCGCUUGGGUUUGAGCCCCUGCGCUCAGAGAGGAUGGCAGAGAUGAAGGUGGCAAGUUCUCCAGUGGUUAAGGAUCCUUUCUGCUCACCUCUGCUGGCCCCUGACAGCAUGCUGAAAGGGCUGCCACCUCUACACAUUGUGGCUUGUGCACUAGACCCCAUGCUGGAUGACUCUGUGAUGUUUGCAAAGCGUUUGAGGAACAUAGACCAGCCCGUCACUCUGUGUGUGGUGGACGACCUCCCCCAUGGCUUCCUCAGCCUAUCCCAACUCUCAAGGGAGACGAGAGAGGCUGCCAAUGUCUGCGUGGAGCGAAUUCGCGCCGUCUUCACCCAGGACACACCCCCAGAGCCACGGAAGCACCGCAAGCUGGAACGGACUGAUGGGGGUGUGGCAGCCUCUUCAGGGGAAACCAGUCCUGUCUUUGUUGGCCCUAUUGAGGGAGGGGAGCUAGCUGUCGGGAGAGGGGCUAAAAUUGCUGAUGGGGAGGGCUCAGUUGCUGUGGCAGCCCAGAAUAACACUGACGCUGGUGGCAUCGGAGCUUAAAUAAGGUUAGAUAAAAAGGAGACUGCAGUUCACUCGAGGAAUGAAGGGAGAAGGAGUAAAUGAAAGUCAGACAGAUUUAGGCAGUGCCUAGAUGCGAGACAAAGCAUCCUGAAAAACAGACAGGGGGUGGGAGAUGCAGUCUAGCAUAUCACCCAGUGUUUGAGAGACAAAAAAAAAAAAAAA